GUCCCUGCUCUCUCAGUUACAGAAAGUGGCCGCCUCUCUGUUGCUGUCGACCCAAAGCUCACAGACUCACUCGUUGCUUAGAACCGCCAUUUUGGAGUGAGAGAACUGAGAGUCGGCAGCAGCAACGAGAGAGCGUAAAAGGGGGACACGGGGCCAAGGUCUUUCCAUUAUUGGGACUGUGUGUGAGAGUUGGAAGGAAGGUUAAUGGUAUCCCAUACUCAAAAGUGAGUGUACCUGCCCUGCUGGGUGGAGGCAUCUCUGGCCAGCAUGGCGUCUGGGCAGGGGGACGUGCUGGCUGGGGCCGCGGGUGGCUCUGGGCUGGCCAAACCCCUGCACCUCCAGCACCUGGAGAGGUCCCUGAGGCUAGACGGCUUUCUGCGCCAGACCGCCUCCAUCUUCAACAGAGACCUGACCAGUGAUGACAGCGAUGAAAGCGACGGAGCCUUGGGGGAGGGUCCUUCUCUGAGGACAACCAAUCCUCAGACCCCCCUGGCAGUGAAGGAAGAGUCAUGUGACACAGAGGAGGGGCUGACUGAGGGCAACCCUCUGAAUGGUGCGCUGCUUCAAGGCAAAGAACAAAAGACGGAUAAAACCAGCCUUUACAACUUCUCCAAGCUCAAGAAGAGUAGGAAGUGGCUCAAGAGUAUCCUCCUGAGCGAUGACACCACAGAUUCAGACACAGACUCUGACGACUCGGACUUCUGUCUGUCUCGAGAGGAGCUGCAGGACAUGCUGCGUCUGCACCGCUUCACCAGGCAGCACCAGAGCAAGUUCCACUCAGACCGCGAGCUUCAACAGUACCAGUACUACAGCACGGGCCUCCUCUCCACCCAUGACCCCUUCUAUGAGCAGCAGCGUCACCUGCUGGUGCCCAAGAAGAAAAAGAUCAAAGACGAGAAGAAGUUCAAGGCCAAACUGAAGAAGGUGAAGAAGAAGAGGAAACGAGGGGAGGGGGAGUUCUCAGGCGAGGGGCGGACGUACUUCGCCAAAUUCUCCCACGACGCCUCUCUGCCCAUGGUGAAGAAGAAGCACCUGACCGUCGAGCAGCUGAACGCUCGCCGACGCAAAGUGUGGCUCACUAUCGCCAAGAAGGAGAUCCCCAAGACCUUCAAACAGAAAACGUCUGCCAAGAACCUUGUCCUGACCAACGGCAAAAAGCUUGCUCACCAGUGCAUGCGGGAGGUGCGCCGCGCCGCCAUCCAGGCCCAGAAGAACUGCAAGGAGACGCUCCCCCGAGCCAGACGCCUCACCAAGGAGAUGAUGCUGUACUGGAAGAAGUACGAGAAGGUGGAGAAGGAGCACCGCAAGAGGGCAGAGAAGGAGGCUCUGGAACAACGCAAGCUGGACGAGGAGAUGAGAGAGGCGAAGCGUCAGCAGCGCAAACUGAACUUCCUGAUCACCCAGACGGAGCUGUAUGCCCACUUCAUGGGGGGCAAGGCCAGCGGAGGGGGGGAGGAGGGUCAGGAGGACAUUCUGAGGAAGCUGGAGGACACCUCGGCCCAGCGGCAGAUCGACAUCGGGGGAGGGGUGAUGGUUAACGUGGGACAGGAAGACUACGAUAGUGAUCACUACAAGUCCCAGGCCCUGAGGAAUGCCAAAGAGGCCUACCAGAUCCACCAGGCUAGGACUCGCCUGUUUGACGAGGAGGCGAGGGACAGUCGCUGCGCGUCCCAGCACGCUGCCUCAGGCUCGGGCUUCGGGGAGAGCUACAGCCUGGCCAACCCCUCCAUCCAGGCCGGGGACGACAUCCCCCAGCCCUCCAUCUUCAACGGCAAGCUGAAGGGAUACCAGCUCAAAGGCAUGAACUGGCUGGCCAACCUUUAUGAGCAGGGCAUCAAUGGGAUCCUGGCGGAUGAGAUGGGGCUGGGAAAGACCGUCCAGAGCAUCGCCCUGCUGGCCCACCUGGCAGAGAGAGACAACAUCUGGGGUCCGUUCCUCAUCAUCUCCCCGGCCUCCACGCUCAACAACUGGCACCAGGAAUUCUCCCGCUUCGUGCCCAAAUUCAAGGUGUUGCCAUAUUGGGGGAACCCACAUGACCGCAAAGUGAUCAGAAAGUUCUGGAGCCAGAAGACCCUGUACACGCAGAACGCUCCGUUCCAUGUGGUGAUCACCAGCUACCAGCUGGUGGUGCAGGACGUCAAGUACUUCCAGCGGGUCAAGUGGCAGUACAUGGUUCUGGACGAGGCCCAGGCCCUCAAGAGCAGCACCAGCGUGCGCUGGAAGAUCCUGCUCCAGUUCCAGUGUAGAAACAGACUGCUGCUGACCGGCACACCCAUCCAGAACACCAUGGCUGAGCUGUGGGCUCUGCUCCACUUUAUCAUGCCCACGCUGUUCGACUCGCACGACGAGUUCAACGAGUGGUUCUCCAAGGACAUCGAGAGCCACGCCGAGAACAAGGGAGCCAUCGACGAGAACCAGCUCUCCCGUUUGCACAUGAUCCUGAAGCCCUUCAUGCUGAGGAGGAUCAAGAAGGACGUGGAGAAUGAGCUGUCAGACAAGAUUGAGAUCCUGACCUACUGCCAGCUGACGUGCAGACAGAGGCUGCUGUACCGAGCUCUGAGGAGCAAGAUCUCCAUCGAGGACCUGCUGCAGUCCUCCACAGGCACGGCCCAGCAGGCCCACAACACCACCUCCUCCCUCAUGAACCUGGUCAUGCAGUUCAGAAAGGUGUGUAACCACCCAGACCUGUUUGAGCGUCAGGAGACUCGCUCGCCCUUCCACAUGGCCCUGAGGCCCUUCAUCAUCUCCAAGUUCCUGUUUCGCCAAGGCCUCCUGCACGCACACCCGCACACCCUGGCCCGGAACAAACUGCUCCAAGCCCUGCUGUCCCCCUUCUCUCCUCACCACAUCCAGCAGUCUCUCUUCCACCAGAAAGGGGCUCACGAGGGAAGCUGUUUCUCCUUCCUGCGCUUCAUCGACGUGUCUCCUGCAGAGAUGUCUAACGUCAUGCUGCAAGGCACUCUGGUCAGGUGGCUGGCUCUCUUUCUGUCCUUGAAGGCAGCAUACCGGCUCCACCAGCGACGCCUGUGGGGCCUGGAGGAGGAGGAGGAGGGAAGGAGAGAGGCAGGAGGAGGGCGCGAGGAGCCAAGGACUCAGGGUCUGUCUCGAAGAGGUCUCAUACUGUGGCUGGAUCGACCCACGGCCUACCCCAACACGCACACCAGCCCUGUGCUGCAGGACCUGGUGUUCACCCGUCACAAGCCUGGUGUGGUGGGCCACACGGACGUGCUGGUCCAGGGCAGACGUCCAUCCACCUCCUCUCUCCGGCCCUGCCAGACCACACAGCCUCCCAAGUUCCUCCUGGCUGCUGUACCCAGGGUGACGGCCGUUCCCAUGGACCGUUACUGCGACGACCGAAGUGCCGAGUAUGAUUGGCGGAUGGUGCGCGGAGGCGGGAGUGUCGCCGCCAAGCAGUGUUUCCUGUACGGGUCGCCUGAUCUCGCUGCUGAUUGGUCCACAAGGGCCAACUCCUUCUUCGCACAGUCCCCGGGGGGCACGAUGGCCCUGUACCCUCGUCACGGCUGGUCCUACAUCAGGAUACCUGACAAGGAGACCCUAAUCACGGACAGCGGGAAGCUGCACACCCUGGACGUGCUGCUGUGCAGGCUGAAGGCCCAGGGACACCGAGUCCUCAUCUACUCCCAGAUGACCCGCAUGAUCGACCUGCUGGAGGAGUACAUGGUGUACCGUAAGCACACCUACAUGCGUCUGGACGGAUCCUCCAAGAUCUCGGAGCGCAGAGACAUGGUGGCUGACUUCCAGAGCCGGACGGACAUCUUUGUGUUCCUGCUGAGCACGAGGGCGGGAGGCCUGGGCAUCAACCUGACUGCUGCAGACACCGUGAUCUUCUACGACAGCGACUGGAACCCCACGGUGGACCAGCAGGCCAUGGACCGGGCCCACCGGCUGGGCCAGACCAAGCAGGUGACCGUCUACCGCCUGAUCUGCCAGGGCAGCAUCGAGGAGAGGAUCCUGCAGCGCGCCAAGGAGAAGAGCGAGAUCCAGAGAAUGGUCAUCUCAGGAGGAAACUUCAAACCGGACACCCUCAAGCCCAAAGAGGUGGUUAGCUUGCUGCUCGACGACGUCGAGCUGGAGAAGAAACUGCGUGUGAGGCAGGAGGAGAAGAGGCAGCAGGAGGAGAGCAGCAAGGUGAAGGACAGGAAGAGGAAGAGGGAGAAGUACGCUGAGAAGAGGAAGAAGGAUGACGAGUGCGAGCCUAAGAGGAGGAAGGAGGGGACCCUGGUCAUGCCCUGCGCCCCCUCCGCUGACAAUUCCAACCUGUCUGCUGACGGAGAGGACUCUUUCAUCAGUGUGGACAUGGACUCUGCCAUGCCCAGCCCUUUCAGCGAGGCCUGUGUCUCUGUGUGUGCCCGUGUCCCUGAGCAGAUCUCUCUGAGCAGCGAGCUGCUGCCGGGGUCCCUGCCCCCCGACCCGGACGCAGACGAGAGCAGCAGUGACAUGCUGGUCAUCGUGGACGACCCCGUGUCCUCGGCGCCGCCCUCGCGGGCCACCAACUCCCCCGCCUCGCUGUCCGGCUCCGUCUCCGACAACAUGAACGGUGUUUCAGCCCCAGACACAUCGAGCCCAGGAAGGGGCCGGACUGGGCGGAGUCGAGGGCGGCCCAAGGGUUCUGGGGGCGGGGCCAAGUCGGCAGGGAAGGGGCGUGGCCGCAAGUCGACGGCGGGCAGUGCAGCUGCUAUGGCAGGAGCGAUGGCGGGGGCGGCGGCAGCGUCAGCAGCAGCAUACGCUGCCUACGGUUACAGCGUGUCAAAAGCGGGGCUCGCUGCAGCCAGUCCCCUGCAGCCGUCCCUGGGCAGGUCUGGGACCGCCCCGGCCUUCACCCCCAGCAGCAGUUCCUCCCCCCAGGGCAAAGGGGGCGCUGUGACCUCCAGCCCCCAGAAACACAUGGCCCACGGCCACCGCCACGGCAACCACAGCUCAGGCCGUAAGGGCAAGGGACCGGGGGGGCCUGGGGCUCGAUAGCACACACACACACACACGUCCAACGGAUUCAGGCCUCUCUUUACAGUGUCAGUUCUCAAAGUGACAUCAGCUACUGCACUGACCUUCUCCCACUGUGACCCCUCCAUGACCUGUCUCUGUUCCCCUCAGCAGAGAGAGACCUGUUUCACACUGAAGAACCAUGCUAACCCAGAAGACAGAGUACAUCACACACACACACAUCCUCAUCUCACCACCAACCACAGACCUGUUGUCAUUGGACAAAACCUGCCUUGACUGUUUGGGUUGUGACAGAGUAUUUCGAAGGCUUUUUACAUGUUUGUGAGAUGAAACUCUUUGAUUUGUAUGAUUGUUGUGAUAUUACAUCAAACCUAAACACCGUGUUUAUAAGGGCUUCAUAACCUUGUGCUCUCCAAUGGAGUCAGCCAAAGGUGGAAUCUCCACGUGCACUGAGCCAUUUUUUCUGUUGAAACGCCUCUGAUUUUAGGAAAAUGAAUGCUAAGAUUAUUUAAUUGUUCCAUAAAGAUGUUCAAUGUGU